CAAGGGGGUGUGUCAGCUCAGCCCAGAGCUGCAAGGAUUCACUUUCAGGAUUCUUAGCUAGAAUGGACGGUGCAGUGCAGUGAGUCGGUAGGAGAACUGGUGGUUUGUCUGUGAGCUUCAAAAUAUGGACGUUCCUGUGCAAAAUCUCCCUCCACGCCCCAAGCCUCGGGUCCCCCGCCCUAGAACAGUACCCUCACAGCCUCUGCCCCCAUCACAAGUAGCACAAGCCCCACCUCCACUCAGGCUAGGGGUGCUCGUAGAAGCAACCAAACCGUUUGCUACCAAUGACAAUGUUGGCAUGCUUAGAUGGCUUCUUGGAGGGAAGGUAGGUGGUGAGGACAGAGUGAGAGAGAUCAUUGUGUCUCAGGACAGCAACAGGGCUAUUGUGGAGUUUGUUAACCCGGACCCAGGAGUCAUACAGCAGCUAGUAUCCACCAGUGCUGACCUCCUUGACCCCCUCUCCGAGCAACCACUCCGUCUAACUCAGAUCGACCUGACUACCCUCUGCCUCGUAGUUACAGGCUUUCCACCAUUUAUCGAUGAGUCAGCCCUAGAGAGCCACUUCCAAGGAGAAGCUAAUGGCCAACAGAUACACUCUGUACAGAUAUCAGCUAACAAAGAGUCUGCAAUGAUCACCUUCAUGUGUCCUACAGUUGCCAUGGAAUUGGUUGGAAAGAAAACACAGCUGUUUGGUCUUAAUCUCCAUCUUGAGCUUGGCUGCAACGUUAACAGUAUUACAAACAGUGCUCUUGCUUGUCCUACCUCGACAACCGUACACAGCUCUGUUGCUCUGUGUGUGCAAGGACUCCCUGAGGCCAUGUUGAAUAACCCACAAAUGUUGUCAGAGGCUUUAAAAUUGUUUAUCAAACAGGGUACCGGUUUUGAGGCAGCCGACUGUGGCAUUGUGCAAGGACUGGCUUAUCUGACAUUUACUGAUUCAUCAGCUGUACAAGCCAUUGUGAACAGUCCACCCACUCAAACCUUCAUGUCUGGAAGUAUCCUGCACAUGUCUGCUACUUCACAACCACCUGUUCCGUCUCAAGUCCCCCCUACUGCUCCGAGGGAGGCUUGGGGGGUGCCUGACACACCCACUGACGGGCAACUCCCGGGAAACGCAUCUCCUCACUUGGAGAAACCAGUAACUGCACCUGUUAGACUCUCGAGCAGACCGCCAGUACCGCAUCGAAGGCAUUUUACAAGUGAUGGAACUGAUGGCCCAUCAUCGAGUAAUAUAAGACAGCACACCCCUCCUAGGUCGAAUCAACCCCAAUGGCAUCAUCAAGGAGACCAAUAUUUUCACCACCAGGGGCAACAGUCUUACUAUGGGCCCAUGCAUCAUAGUGCAUCCUAUCCUGAUAGUGUGGGGGCCACUCCGGCACAGCAGCUGCCCUAUCCCCCCCACGGAUACCCCCCAUAUCCUGGCCAACCCCAGUGGGGAGCUCAGGGACAGGACAUAGUGACUGUGCAGUCUGGGGCACCUGUACAACCUGCACAUGUACAAGGCAGUCAACAAGGUCCACCAGAGGCUGCCCACCACUCACCAGCAAAUGCCAUGGCUACAGCAUCACCUGGUUUGUGUCGGAAGAUUAAAGUCAGCGACCUCCCUAAAGAAACUAGAAACCAGACUGUUCUGAAGUUAUACUUCCAAUCCUUAGCAGGGCUGGUUGCCAGCGUGGAAAUGUUUAAAGACAGCACUGUUGUCACUUUGGAAAACCCUAUAAGUAUAGACAGGCUCAUCCAGUUGUCUAGGACGAACCCAUUGGAGGGUGUGGUCCUUGCCCUGUCUGCCCUCGAGCCAUCAGAUACAGUCCUCGUCUCUGGCCUCAAUGACACUACUCCUGUUGUCCUCGUCAAGUUGAUGCUGGCUGAUUAUAUCCAACAACGCGACUCUGUUGAAUCUGUGAAGCGGAUAUCUCCCACCCACGCAUUAGUCAUCUUCAAGUCCCCUGACAAUGUUCAGAAAAUAACAAGCAAGCCACUAAUUGAAGUUGAAGGAUUGCAACUUUCUGUGAAAGAAUACUAUCCGUUCAUGGACACUAGUGAACUUGACCCCUCCUCAGCAAAACAAGAUGAUCCUCUGAAGCCUAACGAUCCCCCCACCCCCACCAGUACCCAGGUGGUGGUACACAGUCCACAGAGGGACCCACUCACAAAAGAGCAACACUUUUACCUAAAGAACAGCCUCCCUGAGUUCAAUGAUACUCUGCAAUCACUGAAAGCGUGUGCUAAUAUUGAGAAAGUUGGGAAGGACUAUUUUGUGGUGAUUUCACCUCUUGAAGGCUCUGGCAGUAUUGAUGAAUGGAAGGACAACGUUGCUGCAGCUCUAAAAGAACACUUCGAAGAGUUAUCGAUUGAGACCAUUGAUUUUCCGAACAAGGAGGCAAAGUCAGAUAUCCAAGAUAUAAUUUACGAUCAAAUGGAUUCAGUCCUAGUGGUAAAGAGGAAACCGGACUCCUUUGUUAUAGCUGGUUCCAAAGAAAUUAUUACUGAAAUUUGUGAGAAAGCAACAGAAAUUUGUCUGCAGUAUCAAGUUACAAUUCGUGCGAUAGAGCUCCCUCGGAAACGUGUUAAAUUUUUAGAAAAGUUCUACCACCACGAGUUCCAGAAACUAGUUAACAAAACGAGUGUUCAUGCCAUUCAGUUCAACACAGACAAUGGGUUGAUUACUGUAACAGCCAAUCCCCCCGGCCACACAGAAGUUGACGAAGUGGUUGAGCAAAAGAACACACCAGAAGAGAAAUCAUUACAGUUGUCUCAGGCGGCCUAUAAACUACUUUCUUCUCAAAGAGGUGCUCAAGAGUUAAACGAAAUUUUUGAUAUUUCUGGUCCGCAAAUUGUGUACGAUAUGGAACAAGUUCAAAUCCCAGGUGAUGUGCAGUACUAUAUUUGCUUUCUCUCUAAAGAUGCGGAGGUUCUAAAGAAGGUCAAGAAAAGUCUGAAGUUGUAUGUCCAUGAGGUGGCGUUUGAAACUAGCCCUGCUAAGAUACGGUUGUGCAGUAGCAAAGAAUGGAGAUUGUUCAUAGCCACACUCAGUGAAGAGCACUUUGUGUCCAUUACUGCUCAAGAAGAUUCAAGCUCGAUCAUCAUUACCGGUGAAAAACUUGCCUGUAAUGGCAUCAGUGAAAGGGUACAGAGAUUUCUAGAGAAGCACACUAACAUCGAGGAGCGUGUGACUGUCAGUCAGAGCGAAUGGUUUGUUGUAAAUAAAAAUUUUUUGAACGAAGUUAAUGGAAUAAACGAUCAAGCAAAGAAGAAGCAAGUCAAAAUCGAGUGGCCUAAACCAAAGCUUAAAGUGUCUUCUCUUCCGAUUGUUAUCUCUGGAGAGCCUCUGGUGGUGGAUAACAUCAAGGUACAAGUAACAAUGCUUCUGCAGAAGGUGUGCAAGAAGGAGUCACGCAUCACUGGUGUGCCAGCUGUCGUACAUGUGCUCGAGAGUAUGGAAGAUAAACUGCGUCUCCUAGAAACAGAUGAGAGAGUUCGGAUCGAAGUAACUCUUGAAAAUGAUGAUACUAACGAGCUAGAGGCAGCUGCUCAAGUGGAAGGUGAACUCCCCCGGCAAGUGUGCGCUGGGACUUCCCCCAGUGGAUCACGGGUGUCCGUUUACACUGGAGACUUUGCCCAAAAUGCUUCCGUAGGAGUUAUUGUGAAUUUCAUCACGUCUGAUCCAAACACACAAGUUGGAUGCCUCAAACAUCUCCUUGAAUCUGGAGGAGCUGAUGCAAUGGAAGAUUUCAAACAAAAAGUCUCACAAUUCAUGGAGCUUAAACCUGGUACUGUGUUCAGGACACGUCAUGGGCAACUUAAGUGCUCACAGCUGGUUCACUGUGUCCUGCCAUCUUGGAAAAAUACUAUGGAGACUGAAGGUAACAAAGAGUACUUCCUCGAAGAAGCUUUGUACGAAGUUAUGAAAGACACUGCACACACUGGGUCUAUUCUGAUCACCCCCGUGACAUCUGCCCCCCUCCACUAUCCUGUCAACACGUUUGUACGACUCGCCAUGGAUGCUGCUACUCACCAAACUAGUUCAGAUCUGCAAGUCUCCGUCUAUGUCGAGGAACUUCAGCAUGCCAACAAGUUUCAGGGUGCUUUUCAGACAAGGAACUACCAAAUUCAUCAGAAGGUACCACUGGGGUCGCCAUUGCUGGCUGCUAAAAAUACUAAGAAGGAAAAACCUGCAGCUCUGGCUGCUAGUGUCAAGACAAUCUCCAGUAACCUUGGUGACUUCAUCACUAUAGUCAACGGAGACCUGCUGCAACAACAGGCUGAUGCGUACAUCAACUCCACCAAUACCAAACUCGACCUGAAGAAAGGACAGUUAUCUCAGCUCCUACUAAAGGCCUGUGGUGGUGAGCUACAGAAAGAAUGCUCAGAGUACGCUCCACUGAAGCCGGGGCAAGUGGCAGUCACAAGAGCCAAAAACUUGAAGUGCAAUCAACUCUUUCACAUUGCUCUGCCUGACUACAAAACAGCCAAUUCUGAGAGGGUUUUUCGAGAAACAGUUCGACAGAUUCUUCGCAUAGCCAAGGACAACAGUGUAUCCUCCAUUGCCAUCCCAUCACUCGGUGUGGCUAAUCUCGGCUACCCUGAGAAUGUGUCAGCUAAAAUCCUGUUCCAAGAAGUCAUUGCUUUCCAUUCCCAGUAUCCAAGUUCCAUUCAGAAGUUCAUCUUUGUAAUCUAUGAAAAGAAUGUGUUCCAAGUGUUCAGCAAAGAGUUUACCCAGCAAAUGAGUGGGGAAGCCACUGCACAGGCACCUCCAACAGCUUCCUCUCCAGCAGCAGCAGUAGCAUUAGCCCCGCCCAUUGGGAGCACCACCCUCAUAAUAGCCCAGGGCAAUAUUGCCGAGGAGUCGACUGACAUCAUUGUCAACACUACCUCUGAGGAUAUGACACUCAACAAAUCGGCCGUUUCCAAGGCAAUUCUUGAGAAGGCUGGUGAUGAGCUACAGAAGAUAUGUAAACAGUAUGUUGAAAAUGGAAUGCGAUUGGAUCACGGGCAAAUUGUCGUCACACCAGCUGUUGGGAAACUCCGCUGUCGAAAGAUAAUCCAUGCCCACGUACCUCACCAAGGGUCAAUAGCAAAGUCAUCCACUCACCACUGCCAGCUCAUUGAGAAGAUUGUUAUUGACUGUCUACAAAAAGCUGAACACGAGAAAAUGAAAUCGAUAUCUUUCCCAGCCUUUGGUUUGGGAGGGGGUGGUUAUUCGGUUGAGCAAGUAGCCGAGCCGAUGCUCAAAGCCUUUCAGAAGUUUGGGCAGACACAUCCACAAUCUGUGAAGUCAAUAAGAGUGGUCAUUUAUGAUCCAGAACUGUACAAGCAGUUCAAUGAUUUCUACUGCAAAUUCUUUGGUAACAGCUCAUUGGAUACAAGGCCACCCCCUAGUUUGUGGAACCGCCUUGUCGGCAGUAGUCAUAAGGUCAAUAGCGAAAGCCAGGAGCUUCAGGCAGGGGGUGGGGCUUCACUUAAGGCUCCACCCAUUUGGGCUCUCUCACGCUCCAUACCAAACCCCAUAGUUGUCUUCACGAUCUUUGGAGCCUCUGAUGCCCAAUGCGAGAAAAUUGCGGACACUUUGAAAAAGUUGAUCAAAGAAAAGUCCACAACAAAGACAAUAACAGGUGCCCACAUUGAACAGCUGAUUGACGACGACGUGAAAGAAAUAGUACAAAUCGGGGACAAGCACGGCGUUCAUGUGAAAAUGGUGGCCAAAAUAAAAGAGAUUCAUAUUUCUGGGGAGACAUCUAAAGUUUUGGGAGCUCACAGCGAGAUUCAAAAGAUUUUAAGUGAUAUUGAGAGAUCGAUGAUUGAGCUUCGUGAUUUAGAGUGGUUGAGUGCAGACGAUGAUGGGAGGUAUGAAGCAUACCCCCCUGAGGCUAGCAUGAGACUAGAGCGUGCCUUUAACAAGGGACUGAAAGCUAUUGAGCUGACUGUGGACAAUGUUGUCGUGGUGAUUGAUAUUCAGAAUUAUAUGGAAACGGACAAAACGACUGGAAAGAGAAGGAACAUUAUGCGUUCUAAGAAGUCAAUGGGAUCAGUCGAUUUCCCCCCCACAUGGGAGACCCCCCACAGCACGGGUGGUAAGAGAGAGCCGAUGACCAGGAUUGAAGUGGACUCAGGAACACCAGAGUAUAUAGAUGCAGUCAAAGAGUUUGAGGAGUCACUGAAAAAAAAAGGUGUCAAAUACUCCAUCGAGAAGGUUGAGAGGAUUGAGAAUAUCACUGAGUAUGCCAAACAUGUUGCCUUGAACGACUCCAUCAGAGUGAAACACAAGAAAGACCCUCUAGUGAAGAGGCUGUUCCAUGGGUCCAGGCAAGAGAGCCUUGUACCAAUUGCAGUGCAGGGAUUCAACAGAAACUUUGCUGCUGAUGCAAAUGCUGCUUACUACGGGAGGGGAGUGUACUUUGCAGUGGAGUCUUCCUACUCUGCCCAGGACAAAUAUUCAGUACCUGACUCGAGUGGCCUCCGGUACAUGUUUGUGUGUCGUGUGAUCAUCGGAGAGUAUACCCAAGGCAAUAAAGACAUGAAGACAGCCCCUCCACUAACAACUGGCUCUAAUGCAGUGUUUGAUACUUUAGUUGAAAAUGUGAACUCUCCAACUAUUUUUGUAGCCUUGACUGAUGCCCAGGCUUAUCCCGAGUACCUUAUCACAUUCAAGAAACUUAAUUGAGUGUUUACAACUUGUAUAUAGAUAGUAGGUAUAGAGACUGUUUAUAGUGGCUAUUUUUUAUAGCCGGUCUGAGGACGUGUUUAUGUUUUGCUAUAAUUUAUACUGAUAAAAAACGUUAUAAUUAUACUG